AUGGCUGCGUACAAUAGGCCCACAGAGGCAACUUACACAGUCCAUGAAAAUGUAACGGUUGACACUUCUGACAACGAAGAUCACACAUUUUGCGGCAUUAUGUUUCCAAUAAAGUGCAAGGAUUUGCUCCCUUUGGAUCAUAUCGUCAUCAAGAGUGUCGCAGUACGUGGUGCGUUGGGACCACUCACUGUUUGGGUCAGCAACGAAGAUGGAGGAAAUGGUAGAAAUCAAGUUCAACUGGAUCCGAGGCACUGGACCAAAUUGUACGAGAAGACACACAAAUAUUCAAAGCAUAGUUACGUAGAAUUGGUAUUUGACCAGCCGAUUAGAAUGCGCCCUGGUCAAGUCAAGUGCCUCUAUAUCCAUUCGACACUGCCAAACGAUGAAGCGAUUGUGUACGAUAACAGUUACUACGGCAUGUCAUCAAAACGCUAUGAUGACGAGAAGCUAACCAUCAUGACCGGACGUGCUCAUGUUUCACCCGAAAUCUUUGGCCAAAAUCCCAUUUGGGGCUGGGGUAAUGCAUGGCGCGACCGACGAGAGUUUGUUGGUCGUUUGGAGUAUGGAACUGUUUACAGGCUAUGGAACCCACAAGUCCAAACCAAGUUUGGGGGAAAUUUUCAAGACUGCGCCCGUGUUCUAUCUCUAUGCCAGAGAAGAUGGGAAUCCCCCUUCAGCAUGCUUCCCGAUGAGUGCAUCUACUACAUUUUGAACAUGUGCCGAUGGGACUGGUUCGAGGAUGAUUGUGAUACCAUGAAGCAGAGAAGGCAGAGAGAAAAGAAGCGCAUCCGUGAAAAAGAACAACAGGAGAGCGAACAAAGAGAAGCGGAGUCAGAAGCAGUCGGACCAGAAGCAGUCGCGACAAAUGUAGCAGCAGAGGAACACACAGCCACAGGAUGCAAUAGGCACAGCAUGGAUACGGAUGACGAUGGUGGGGAUGACGAAGAAUUCGUUGAUGAUGACGAGGAGGAGGAUGAGGAGGAGGAAGACGAAGAAGAUGAUGUCGACAGUGAGGCAGCAUGGUCAGAUGAUGAAGACCAAUACCACAAUGCCCCAAUCCAAUCAUUUACGUUUCAAAACAUUGAUUCCGACGAGGAGGAAGCGAAUGAUGAUGACAGUGAUAAUGAAAUGGAAACUGCAAGGAAUGCUUGGGUUCGUCGAAACUUUGCUCGAAUCCAAGUGCUUCGCGCUCUGGCAGCAAUGGAAGACGGAGAACAAAGACCUCGUACUGCUUCUUGCAGCACUCCGUUCAAGGUGGCAUUAUUGCUUUUGGUCGGUACAGUCGCAGUUGGACUAGUCUUGUCCGGCGGGUACUUGUAG